AUGACAGAAGACAGGCUCACUGCCCUUUCAACGCCAAUCACGAACCAGCCGCUCCGUACAACGCCAGCUUCCCCUACACCGGCGCGCGGAACGGUUUGCCAGGAACUCGGGAAAGGCGGUAUCAGGGUGCCUGCACAUGGAGAUACGGCACAUGCUUUCAAGGCACCGACAUCCAAGGACAUCCGCGGACCAUGUCCAGGCCUCAAUGCGGCAGCAAACCACAAUUUCAUAGCACGCGAUGGCAUCACGACGUUCAACGAGCUCAUGGAUGCCCAGCAGAAUCUGUGGAAUGUGAACUACGACCUCGCCCUCAUCCUUGCUGUGAUCGGAGUCGUCCAAGAUGGGGACAUAAUCACAGGAAAGCUGAGCAUCGCCUGCGACGCAACGUCCCGCACAGCAGCUCUCGGUGGUCUCAACCUUCUUGGACGGCAGCCUGGCUUGAACAGUCACAGCAGAUUCGAGGCAGAUGCGUCGCUUACACGGAACGAUUACUUCACCCACGGCGGCGAUAACUACUCCUUUAAUGGCACACUGUUCGCCCGGAUGAAGGAAGUCGCCGACCGCGUUUCGGGCGGGAACUUUGACCAGAAGGCCAUGGCUGCGUACAGAAGCCAGCGCUACGACGAGUCUCUUGCUGAGAAUGGCAACUUUUUCUGGGGACCUUUGGCUAUAUUGCUUUACGGAGCGUCUUCCUUUGUGUACGAGCUCUUCGCGCCAUACGGUGGCCAGGCGGACCUCGCUUCCGUCUCAUCGUUCUUCGGCACAACGCAAGACUCAAACGGAGAAUGGCAACAUACAGCCGAGCGCAUUCCAGAUGGCUGGCACAACCGGAGAUAUCCAUAUACAACGGCAUCUGGUGUGGAGCAGAUUCUAGCCCAGCUCCUUGCUUAUCCCAAACCGUUCGGUGGUAAUAUCGGACCGAACAACUUCAACGCUCUAAACUUUGGUGUCAUACGGGAUGGCAAGUUACCCGAUAGCGCAACGGCUGGAGACAUCCUUUGUUUAUUGUAUCAGCUGGCUACGUCUCAGGUUCCGAAUACCCUGACGGGUGUUCUCGCUCUGCCGAUAAACUUGGUGAAGUGGUCCGCCAGCAAGCUAAAUCCCGUGUUUGAUAAUGCAGGUUGUGCUCUUGCUCCUCUCUAG